AAAAAAAAUACAUACCCAGCCUGGGGCUCGGUCUGAGAGCAACCAAUUGCCUUGGUUUAAACGACACAACUCCACUAUCAAAUUAACGUUUUCAAGCUAAUAACAAAUUAGCAUCAGUCCACUGGCCCGAGCCGACGAUAAAUUCGGCUAGGUUUAAAAGAAGUCAGCCUGCAUACAGAGACCGACUCCCAACACCACUUUCUUGCAUUUCCCAGCUGUGGGCGCUUCGGGUCCAAACAUGUUUAAGAUGUUGACCAGGUUGUUGACAGAAAGAAUGCUCAAACAUCUGAGGAAAUGGUUUGUCACUCGCUUUCUGGGGCAUUCCCGGCAAAGAGCAAGGCUGGUCUCCAAAGAUGGAAGGUGCAACAUCGAGUUCGGCAAUGUGGAGGUGCAGUCCAGGCUUAUAUUUUUUGUGGACAUCUGGACAACUGUGCUUGACCUCAAGUGGAGAUACAAAAUGACCAUCUUCAUCACCGCCUUCUUGGGGAGCUGGUUCUUCUUCGGUCUCCUGUGGUAUGCAGUCGCCUACCUUCACAAAGACCUCCCUGAGUUUCAUCCUUCUGUCAACCACACCCCUUGCGUGGAGCACAUUAAUGGCUUGACCUCAGCUUUUCUCUUUUCUCUGGAAACGCAAGUCACCAUCGGAUAUGGAUUCCGCUGUGUGACAGAACAGUGCGCCACCGCCAUCUUUCUGCUGAUCGUCCAGUCUAUUCUCGGAGUCAUCAUCAAUUCCUUCAUGUGCGGCGCCAUUUUAGCCAAGAUCUCCAGACCCAAGAAACGUGCCAAGACCAUUACUUUCAGCAAGAAUGCGGUGAUCAGCAAGCGGGGUGGGAAGCUUUGCCUCCUGAUCCGAGUGGCUAAUCUUCGGAAGAGCCUCCUAAUUAGCAGCCACAUUUACGGAAAGCUUCUGAAGACCACAGUCACCCCCGAAGGAGAGACCAUUAUCUUGGACCAGAUCAAUAUCAACUUUGUGGUCGAUGCAGGAAAUGAAAAUUUAUUCUUCAUCUCCCCCCUGACGAUUUACCACGUCAUUGACCACAGCAGCCCCUUCUUCCACAUGGCCGCGGAAACCCUGCCCCAGCAGGACUUUGAACUAGUGGUGUUUUUAGACGGCACAGUGGAGUCAACCAGUGCUACCUGCCAAGUCCGGACAUCCUAUGUCCCAGAAGAGGUCCUCUGGGGCUACCGUUUUGCCCCCAUAGUAUCCAAGACCAAGGAAGGGAAAUACCGCGUGGAUUUCCAUAACUUCAGCAAGACGGUGGAAGUGGAAACUCCCCACUGUGCCAUGUGCCUUUACAAUGAGAAGGAUGCUAGAGCCAGGAUGAAGAGAGGCUAUGACAACCCCAACUUCAUCUUGUCAGAAGUCAACGAAGUAGAUGACACCAAAAUGUAACAGUGGCUUUUCCACACAAGGAAAGCAACAUCGUGAAGGGACCUAGUGACUAGAAGCAAUAUGAAACAGCCAGCAAUUUGGGGUUAUGAAAGUAUGACCAGAGCCUUUAAAAUCUCCCAGCACAAUGCCCCUGAAGCCUGCAACCAGGAUGCUACGAGACGCGCAGCUCUACAAGGCAACUGCAUUAGACCAUGGAGUGGACUUAUAGGAAUCUGGAAUCUGGAAGCCACAGAAGCUCAUACAGCGUCCUGAAUAGGCUUAUUUGAAAUCAUGCAGUGUUGAUGGGAACAGACAAAAUCAUCCAAAGCCUAUGGACAGACCAAAGGAGAUCUUUUUAAAGAUCUCCCUGAAGGAGUUAUGAGCUUUAGGUAGGAUCAGGGGAAAACUAUAUUCUCACUUUGGUUCUACUGAAAAGAAAGAAGCCACUUUUAUUUUAACAUCGGGGUUUUUUGUUUUUUCAACCGAAGGAUUGUCUCCCAAGUUGGGGGAGAUGAACCAGUCAAAGACAAGAAGAAACACUGCUACACGGGGACACUGGUGAGGCUCUGACCGUCUUCAUCCUGGUUGUUGGAGCUUCCGCCUUGGCCUGGGUCACGCUGGGUUUCCAGAGGAGCAGGGAAAGGCUCGGUCCGUGGACUCCACGAGUCUACCUCUACCUACCCAACGUGGUGAGCAGUGCGGAGCCCAGCCUGCUCUGCGGCAUAUCCGGACUCUGCAGCCAAGCUGGGUUUCAGCCCAGCUGAUCUCACGUGACAUAUUUCAACAGAGGCUGAACCACCACGCUAGAACUUCAAUGAGCGUCUUCCUGUGAAAAACAAUGCUCAAUCUGAAAAUGGGGGUAACGUCUCUUGCAAUUUGUGUUAGAUGGGGUCAGGGGCUACACACCUGUUAAAAGAGUAUUUCCUGAUCUUCCAAGAAGGCAAUGAAGAGCUUGAAGGUGCAAAGUCAGUUUAGAAGGGAAAGGACUGCUAAUGCCUCUGAGAAAAUGUACCUUGUGUUUUUUGGCGGAGGGUUUGGAGGAGCGCGACGGGAGGGGAGUGGGAUGUGAGCCCACAGUGGGGAAAGUGCCGGGCCUUCCUUUCUCCGAGGCCCAACACCACGUCCUCCACGCAGAGACCAACGCCAUGUAAGGACUGAUUGGCGGGGAAGGUUUUACUGCGAACUCUUGUUCUGUUCCCAACCUACGCUGUUUCGAAUGUAUUCUGGAGAGGAUGGUACUGAAAGCUGCUUAGGAAUCAGAAUAUUUCAGUGUGUUGAUUAAUACAUUAAAUCUCUGAAACUGUC